AUGUUACAGCAACCACUCCAAUCAACUCCGGAAUUUCGUGUUGGUUGUUCAAACAAUAGAGGUUGGUCGCGAUCAGAAACUGCGGCUCUUAUAUCCGCCUACAUGAACACCAGCACCGACAUAAUUAUCGGCACAAAUCAAAAGAAGGGUGUAUUUUGGAACAGAGUCUUGGACGCAUACGAUGCUGCCAGGGAAUCGAAUCCAGUUGAAAUAUCCCUACGAACUAUUAGUAGUUUGAAGGGAAGGUGGAUGCGAAUCUCUGAAGCCGUGUUAAAGUGGUGCGGAAGCUAUGAUAAGGCCCGGAAGCGAAAGGGAAGUGGCUAUAACGAAGAUGAUGUUAUCCAACAGGCCCACAAAAUCCAUGAGAACUCGAAGUGGGACAAAUUCCGGUCUUUCUUGGACCAACAAACAUUCAAGCCUUCGGUGGGACGUCCACAUUCAACUCCACUGACGGAUGAGUCUGUAGGGAGCGGAAGUAGUGGGAAGAGGACACGGGAUGAGGGUGACAAUUCCUCACCUACCACACCGACCAGCGUGGGUGUCGGUGAUGAGAGAGUAGCUCGUGCUGAAGGAAUUAAAAAGGCUAAGUCGAGGUUGAAGGGUAAAGCUCCAUCAAGUGAAGCAUUUAAGGAAUUAGAAACAUUCAACACCCGAUUGCAGCUAUUUGGGGAUUCGAUGAAUGUGUCAAACGAAGCAAAAAUGAAGAGGCUUGAAAUACAGGAGCGCAAGGAGGCAAGGAAACAACGGAAAAUUGAGCUAGAACAACAUAGGAUCCACUGGGAGCAACUAGCUCGUCUAGAACAGAAAGUAAACCGAGAACAGUGGGAAGAUGAAAUGAUAGUAAUACUUCAGAACAAAAUUAAAAGUUUCACUAAUGAUGCUUAG